CUCUGCAGUCAUCGCCAUGUCUGAUGGCUGACACUGUAGCAGAUGGCAGAGAGUGGUGUUUCUUCUGCUCUGCGUUUCUGCUGGUCGUGCUGAUGAAGUCUUCCAUCUUGGUCUGCCUCAGUACCUUGUCUGCCUUCGUCUUGCCAAUGCAUGUUGGAGGCUUCACCAUAUUGACUGCCUUUGCUCCCCUUUGCUCUGACCCAACAAAAGGUCUCUUUUCUUCACUGCAUACAGCAUGCUGCCAAUCUUGCGCAGAAGAUUGGCUGCAGCAUGGCAGAAUGCCUUUGAGCUGUCGGGGUACCAGGUGAGCUUGCAGGGCAAGGACUGUGUCCCUGGUCACAAGAGGCUGGACGGCCAUGCUGAUCGCCUUGGGGCAUUGGAGCUGAUGUAAAUCUCCUGAAGCACAUGCAGAGACAAUUUGAGCAUCAUCCUUCAAGGACCAUGAGACAUCGUCCAGUGAUCUAGGGCACCAUCCAGGAAGAGCUUCGCCUUUCUCAUCGCUUAUUUCUGCAGCAGGUUUGGGUUCCUCAAAUCCACGCCUUCGCAAGUCCCUGGUCGUGAUGGAAGGGCAAGCCAGUAGGCGCCUUCUCUUGGCAGCAGGCUUUGCGGCAACUGGAGCAGGGGGCUCCAAGGCUUCUGUCGUGGCUGUUACGACUGGUCGCACAUCAUCCUUUGCUCUGAAUGAAGGUGGCUUGAAUGCACGCUUCUUCACGGAUAAGCUUCCAGCGAACAUGUGC